AUGGCACCGAUGACAGAAGAAGGCAAGCUUGCGGAGCACUUGCAAAAGAUGUUACCUCUUCUCCAAGGACCUUCAGCAGAAGUCGUUGCCGGUGCAGCUCCGAACAUUGCAACCUGGUAUAUCCCGCAGGCACUUCGCAUCGUCAACUCUGAGUACUUUCGUACCGCUUGCGAAGAGCCUAUCAAAAAGGGAAUUUUACGAAAGAUCGCACUCCUAGACUGCAAACCAGAGCUGUUCCAGCGCUUCGUCCAAUGGAUGUACUUUGCUACUCUACCAGCCAGUGAAACCUUCCGAUCGUGUGAAGCGUUCCAGCUCUGGAGUCUUGGCGAAAAACUCACAGCGAGUGGAUUCAAAGACACCUUGAUGACGGAGAUUCACGUGCUGUUCGCAUUUGACGCAUCUCGUCCGAGCCCAUGCUUCUUCAUCACGGAGGAGGCAGAUUCUUUCUUACUCUCCGCUCUCGCUAGUAAGGAUAUUGGCCGGGAAGAGGCGCUCGACACUAAGCCGCUGGCUGCGUACCUCGAGAUGCCUAAGAACUAG